CGGGCGGGCGGGCGGCUGACUGGGCGCGGCGGAGGCGGCGGGGACAGCGCCGGAGCAGCCGAGCCGCUCUUCCGCGUCCCCUCUGCGGCAUCUCUAUGGGGCCCGCCCGCGGCGCCCAUGCGCUCUAAGCAGAACGUUCCCACUGCUGGACCAAGGGUACAAGGUUAUUAAUCAGUGGAACGUGGAAUUCCUGGAGAAUUGCCUUUGUGAAAAGCUGGAAAUAGUUUGUUUAAAAUCUCUCUUACAGUUUUCCAUAGGACAUCCAGACACCAUGAACAACUUCAGUAAUGAAGAGUUUGACUGCCAUUUCCUUGAUGAAGGUUUUACUGCCAAGGACAUUCUGGACCAAAAAAUUAAUGAAGUUUCUUCUUCGGAUGAUAAAGAUGCCUUCUAUGUUGCGGACCUUGGAGACAUCCUGAAGAAACACCUGAGGUGGUUAAAAGCUCUCCCUCGUGUCACCCCCUUUUAUGCAGUCAAAUGUAAUGACAGCAGAGCCAUAGUGAAGACCCUGGCUGCCAUUGGGACAGGAUUUGACUGUGCUAGCAAGACUGAAAUACAGUUGGUGCAGAGUCUCGGUGUGCCUCCAGAGAGGAUAAUCUACGCAAAUCCUUGUAAACAAGUAUCUCAAAUUAAGUAUGCUGCCAGUAAUGGAGUUCAGAUGAUGACUUUUGAUAGCGAGGUGGAGCUGAUGAAAGUUGCCAGGGCACAUCCAAAGGCAAAGUUGGUUUUGCGGAUUGCCACUGAUGAUUCCAAAGCAGUCUGUCGCCUGAGUGUUAAAUUUGGUGCCACACUCAAAACCAGCAGGCUUCUUUUAGAACGAGCUAAAGAGCUGAAUAUUGACGUCGUCGGUGUCAGCUUCCAUGUGGGAAGUGGCUGUACCGACCCUGAGACCUUUGUGCAAGCAAUCUCUGAUGCCCGCUGUGUCUUCGACAUGGGAGAUGAGGUUGGUUUCAACAUGUAUCUGCUGGAUAUUGGUGGUGGCUUUCCUGGAUCUGAGGAUGUGAAGCUUAAAUUUGAAGAGAUCACCAGUGUAAUCAAUCCAGCAUUGGACAAGUAUUUUCCGUCAGAUUCUGGAGUGAAAAUCAUAGCUGAGCCAGGCAGAUACUACGUUGCAUCAGCUUUCACUCUAGCCGUUAAUAUCAUCGCCAAGAAACUUGUGCUAAAGGAACAGACAGGCUCUGAUGAUGAAGAUGAAUCAAGUGAACAGACCUUUAUGUACUACGUGAAUGAUGGAGUAUAUGGGUCAUUUAAUUGCAUCCUUUAUGAUCACGCACAUGUCAAGCCUCUUCUGCAAAAGAGACCCAAGCCAGAUGAGAAGUACUAUUCAUCUAGCAUAUGGGGGCCAACGUGUGAUGGCCUUGAUCGGAUCGUUGAGCGCUGUGACCUGCCAGAAAUGCAUGUGGGUGAUUGGAUGCUGUUUGAAAACAUGGGUGCUUACACAGUUGCUGCUGCUUCUACUUUCAAUGGGUUCCAGAGGCCAACUAUCUACUACGUGAUGUCCGGGCCAACGUGGCCACUCAUGCAGCAAAUCAGGCGCCACGACUUCUCCCGUGACGUAGAGGAGCAUGAUGUCGGCACUCUGCCUGUGUCUUGUGCUUGGGAAAGUGGAAUGAAACGCCAUCCAGCAAGCCGUGCUUCAGCUAGCAUUAACGUGUAGAUACCCUUUUCGUAGCUGUUAACUGCGAGUUUAGCUUGAAUUAAGGGAUCCGGGGGGACCAUUUAACUUAAUUAUUGCUAGUUUUGAAAUGGCUUUGUAAGAGUAGGAUUGGCACAGAUGCAACAAUAUGGAAGACUAGGAGAUGGGGUCACACUUAUCUGUGUUCCUAUGGAAACUAUUUGAAUAUUUGUUUUAUAUGCAUUUUUAUUCAUUUUUCAGACAUGCUACUAAAGAAUGCACCCAGCUGCUGAGCAAGCAUUUGUAGCUUGUCCAGUGGCAGAAUGGGCCAAAAGCUUAGUGUCGUGACCUGUUUUAAAAAUAAAGUAUCUUGAAAUGA